UAUGCUCUGCUGCGGUGCGGAUUUGCGUGCGUGCGAUUGAACGUUUUUCUCCCGUGAUAAUAAUUCAAAUAACUACUAUUGUGUGAAAAGUGGUAGUAUGUUCUCCAAUAAUUCAAUUAACAUCAAGUGCGACAAGUGAACGUUACCGGUCACCCGACAGAUGUUCUAUUCAUUCGCGAAAAGAAGACUAGUGCAGUGCAGGUUGGUAGAGUGAGAAGGGACCGACCUCGGCCCCGGCGUUCGCAUUCUGCGGAAUCCUUUUUCCCUUCCAUUCCUGUCGUCAGUCAACCUGCCCUCCGUCGCCCACGCGCGUUUCUGCGUCUUACCCGACUGCGCCUGUCGUCGCUCGACGGAACGGAAGUGACAAAAGUUUAAAAACCCUUAGCAUUAAAGGGGGACUAUAGAGAGCGCACUGGGAACGUGAUCGCUGGGAAGCUGGAUUGUCCGGUGUACGGAAGUUGUAGACAUAAUCGACCAUCAUGGCUAGUGGAUAUCUCACCAAGGAACACCUCACGGGGUUCGAUAAUUACAAGUACAGUGCCCUGGACACUUCACCACUGAGUAUCUAUUUGAUGCAUCCCUUCUGGAACUGGCUAGUAGAGUAUUUUCCAAAAUGGGUCGCACCCAAUUUGAUGACAUUUGCCGGUUUCCUCUUCACGGUGGCAAACUUUGUGAUGCUGUCUUGGUACGACUGGGGCUUCUGGGCUAGUACGGACUGUGAAGACUGCACACCGAUCCCCAACUGGUUUUGGGUGCUGGCGGCAGUGAAUAUUUUCCUAGCAUACACACUGGAUGGCAUUGAUGGUAAACAGGCCCGCCGGAUAGGGCUGUCUGGACCACUGGGCGAGCUGUUCGAUCACGGGUUGGAUUCUUAUUCGGCGUUUUUCAUUCCUGCCUGCUUGUACAGUAUUUUCGGACGAGGGGAUCUGUCGGUGCCGCCGAUCCGUAUGUACUACAUCAUGUGGACGAUAUUUUUCAACUUCUAUCUUUCGCACUGGGAAAAAUACAAUACGGGUGUGCUGUACUUGCCCUGGGGAUACGAUCUAGGAAUGUGGGGAUCGGUGCUAAUGUACCUCGCCACAUGGCAGUACGGGUAUCAGAUGUGGAAGACGGAACUGCCUUGGAGCAUCUCUGCUGGUCAGCUGAUGGAACUUUGUUUGCACGUUAGUGCAAUGUCCAACUUGCCGAUGGUGGUGUACAACAUGUACAGAUCGUACAAGGAUCGCACCGGAAAGAUGCGUACGAUGAAGGAAGCAUUACGGCCUCUUUUCACUUAUGGAACGUUCAUGUUUGUGUCGCUUCUGUGGGUGUUCAUAUCUCCGAAUGAUAUUAUGAACCGGGACCCUCGUGCGGUCUACAUUCUUAGCGGGACAAUUUUUAGUAACAUAAGUUGUCGACUCAUUGUAUCUCAGAUGUCUAACACCAUCGCCGAAACUUUCAACGGAAUGACUGGAGUGUUGUGUGUCGCUGUUCUGAUGAGCAUUUCAAUGCCUGCCAUUGAGCGCCCUGUCUUGUACCUGCUAGUGAUUGGCAGUUCCUUAGGCCACUGGCAUUACGGAUCCGUUGUGGUGCAACAAAUGUGUGAGCAUUUCAACAGGAUAUGCUUCAAAGUGACAAAGCCAAAGGAAAUCAAACAGUAAGCUUCAAGUCAGUUUUUUGGCGUGACUCUGAUCGCAGCGUAUCAGUAAGAUUAACAAAGCAGCAUCACAUUUAAUGUAUAAAAAAAGAAGUUAAAUUGUAUAGAUAGGACGCGUAUACAAAACAAAAGUGACCACCACCCUAAUUAAGCAUAAUUUAUUUUAGCAGUUAAAAUGUUACGGCAUAAUUUUGCUCUUAGUUGUUCAAAUUAAUUGAAGCUAACUUUGCAUUUAUAGUAGAUACCUAUGAAUUACCUCACCGAAUUUCGUUCGUUCUCGAUAUCCACACUAGAACUACUCUCGAAAUGUUGAUGCUUAAUUUUCCCUUUAUUCCAAAGAGUUACUACACCCAAGGUAACACAAAUUAGCCAUAACGAUAAACGUGCGAUUAUUUUUUUUAACAUGGACAUGACGAUCAUCUCGACAAUAAGGAAAGGAACACUGCUUAACAGAUGAAAAAAAUAACUUACAGCUAGAUAUCGCAACAAAAUUUAGUAGGGAACAAGUGUUUAUAGUAUUUAUAUUUCUCUUGUGAUUCGUAGAAAAUUAGUUAGCAAGAUUCAUUUCGCUUGAUUAUUGCUUAUCCUUGAGCCUUCUACUUAAUGAUUGGUUUUUGGUUAUGUGUGCCAUUCUAGUUUUCGAUAUCUUAGUUUCUGUUUUCUUUUAGUUUACUAUAUUUCAAAAUUGUUGUUUUAACCCUAUGAAAAGUAUAUGCUUCCGCCGGAAUUUGCGUGUCUAAGAUAGAGAUGAGAUGUGUGCUAAGAUAUUUGUGGUUAUAAAUGUGAUGCUAUAAAAGAACUAAUUUGAAGACAAAGUCAUAUCCACAAGGUGUGUUGUAGAUGGAAUGGUUGUAAGAAAAUAUAUAUAUUUGACAUGUUGGACACAGGCUAAGAAUAAGAGCAAAUAUGCACCUCUUCCGAAAAUAACGUAUUCUAAUGCUUACAUUAGGAAUUGAUAACUACUUCAACAAACAUUCAUACGAAUACAUUCAUUGUCUCGAUUCUAAUGAUAUGAUUCACCUUUCAUAUGUCUUUUCCUUAUUUAGCAGCAUAGCAUUUCUGUUUAAUUGAGAAUAAAACGCAAACGCUUAUUAUCAUUAGAGGUAUUAUCCACAGGGAUGAUGCCCACUUUCCCAAACAAUACUAUCCGCAGCUACAGGGAAGAAGUGGGCAAUUGAAAAUCCUAUUGUAGGACGCUGUGUAGUACACAGACUAUUCUGAUAUUGCCGUUUAAACUACUGUAUCUACUCUCAAAUUAAUAAUUGUACUGUAAAGAAUCAGUUCAUGUAUAUCUGCAAGUGAAUAAAUCAAACAGAAGAAAACGACAGAGGA